AUGGCUACGGCAGAUAACAGUAUUCGUCCUAACAAACAUUCAAUUCCUAUUGAUAUAUUGGAUGAUUUAUGCAGCCGUUUUAUAAUCAACUUACCACCUGAGGAUAGAGGUAAUCUCGUUAGAAUUUGCUUUCAAAUUGAACUUGCACACUGGUUUUAUCUGGACUACUAUUGUACUGAUGAGAGUGCAAGGCUCAAUCCUUGUGGUAUAAGGGAGUUUGCAGCACAUAUAUUUCAGCAUGUCCCUCAACUACGAGAGCAUAUUAGAAAUUUAGAUGAAGUGUUGGAUAACUGGCGCGAAUACAAACAAACUGUACCAACAUAUGGAGCUAUCCUGUUAGAUACUGACUUAACACAUGUGUUGCUUGUACAGUCUUAUUGGACUAAAGCUUCUUGGGGCUUCCCUAAGGGAAAAGUGAAUGAGGAUGAAGAACCUUGGAAGUGUGCUGCUAGAGAGGUGCUAGAAGAGACUGGUUUUGAUAUAAGCCAUCUCAUUAAUAAACAAGAUUACAUUGAAGCAAUGAUACACGAUCAGAUCGUUCGUCUGUACAUAAUCGGGUAUAUAUCACGAGAUACUAAGUUCCAGCCGAGAACUAGAAAUGAAAUAAAAGCCUGUGAAUGGUUUCCGAUAGCUGACUUGCCAGCUAACAGAAAAGAUAUGACCCCAAAAGUCAAAAUGGGUGUCAGUCCUAAUGCCUUUUUCAUGGUGUUGCCAUUCGUAAAGCGUAUGAGACGAUGGGUAGCAGAACGCAAUCAAAAAGUGUUCAGACGUACAAGGCACAAAUCCUUGGGGGACAUUGAAUCAUGUAAAUCUAAGAAAACUAUUUCUCAAGGUUUGCAGAACGAGAUACAGGAAUAUCAACAGACCUCCCAAAAUCACAAAUACAACAAUAAAAGUGCUAAUGGCAACCAUUCAAAUACGAAGACGAAUGGAAAUGGGAACGGAAAUAAAAGAGGGAGGAUGACAAAACGUCAAUUAUUCACGCCACAAAACACUCAUACAAAUAACUUCUCACCGGUUCAGAAAGAUGCCAGUCCUGUUAACGACGUUGAAGAUAAUUUCCUUAAUUUUGUGGCGCCAUCUUGGGCAAACUUUAAAUUCGAUAGACGCGCCAUUUUGGAAUGUCUGACU